GCAAACAUGACAACCACAUCCAACAGCAGCAUUUUGGGUGGCAAGGUUUCUUCCUCGCCCCUCAUAUCUUCUCCACCCCGGCAACGCCUAGUCACCAAAGAUGGACACUGUGCCCUUCGUCCACCUCUGUGCUCUUCAGGCUUGCAGCGCAGGGCCUUGGGCAGAGCUUGGUUGCUGGCCCUGCAGGAUUUGUGGGGCCUGUUGGUGGGUCUGCGCUGGAGAUGGGUCCUGCUGGCCUUCUGCACCUCUUUCCUGGCCCACUGGCUGCUGUUUGCCUGCCUGUGGUACUUGCUGGCCCACUUCAACGGAGACCUGGUGGUGCAGGAUCAUGAUGCCCCCCCACAGGGGCAUGUGGUUUGCGUAAAGCACAUAACCAGCUUCACUGCUGCUUUUUCCUUUUCCCUGGAGACACAGCUGACCAUCGGCUAUGGCACCAUGUUCCCCAGUGGAGACUGUCCCAGUGCCAUAGCACUGCUGGCUGUGCAGAUGCUGCUGGGGCUUAUGCUGGAAGCAUUCAUCACAGGUGCAUUUGUAGCCAAGAUUGCGCGUCCCCAGAAGCGAGCAGGAGCCAUCCAGUUCAGCCCCCAGGCGGUGGUGGGCCAAAACCAGGGCCAGAUGUGCCUCAUGCUACGGGCCACCAACCUGCUGCAGCGACCUCUGGUGGAUGUAAAAAUGAGUGCUGUGCUCUAUGAGGAGCAUGAAGGUCAGGCUCUGCACCAGACCUCUCUGGACUUUCACUUGGAUCAUUUAGGCCAGCAGCCCUGCCCAUUCUUCAUCUUUCCACUCACCUUUUACCACCCCUUGGACCGCCAGAGCCCCCUCUAUCCUGCCCUGUGUGAGGGCACGUCCAAUCACUUUGAGCUGGUGGUCUUCCUGUCAGCCUUGCAGGAGGGAACUGGUGACUCCUGCCAGAAGAGGACCUCCUACCUGCGCCAAGAAAUCCAGUUUGAGCGUCGCUUUGUACCUGCCUUGGGGUUGGAUGCUCAGGGGAGGUACAUGGUGAGCACCCAGCACUUUGACACGGCUCACUCAAAAGAGCCUUUUAACAAGGACUGUGUGGUGCAGAUCAAUGGUGAUGGCAACGACAGGAUGGAGUAAGAAUUCUGAAGGGCAGGUCUCAUAGGGACAGAUGAGAGUUUCUAAGGGAUAACUGGGGUGGGUAACAGAGAGGUAGAUAUUUUUGUCAGGUGGUACUUGAUUUAAUUUGGUAAAUCUGAAUUUAUAUCUAAGCAUUUGAAAUUAAAAAUGUAUAUGAGACAUAGGUGCUGCUGUGGUCUGCCUCAGCUUUAACCUGUUAUUUGUUAUUGGAAUGGUAAAAUUACUGACUGCUGUAAACAUUCAUCAGAGUUUAGAGACCUACUUCCUCCUUCAGCUUUGAACUGCUGUACUUACUACAGCUGUUUGCGUUGGGUAUUGGGGCGAUCAUCUCACUGCCUGUGAGUUGUUUUUUUUUUGAAGAUUGGACCUAAUUUUAGAGAUGUCCCUGCAUUCUGAGAUCUGAGCAGUUACAAUGCUGAGUGCAACAUUGUCAUACCUGAUAGAACUGAUGGCCAGGGCUACAAAAAUAAAACCCAAACUGUAAUAAAGCACAGUUUGCUUUUUAAAUUUAAUCAAAAUUCCUUUGCAUUGUAUUACUUCCCAUGUAAGGUUUUGUGACUGGAUUGAAUACAGUCAACCUAUAUUUGUGGUGACACAGUCCAUUUCAAAUUCAGUUCCACUUUCGGUAAUCAAUAUUCUAUCAUUAACACUAAAUCAAAUGAGCAUGUGUAAUGUGAAAGUGGGCAUUCAUUGUGAUGGACCCUCAGUGAUCAAUAUUUCCUUUUCUUUCAGCUCAUUGUUUUAGUCUUAUGGCACAUUUGGUGUUUGGUUAAAUCUCUUCAUUCUCAACUGCUUGGUUUACAGCAACAGCAGGUAGCUGAUUUCAGCAAAAAAAAUAAAUAUAAAAGCUUUAAAAAUCUGACUCUUCACUACCUGCUGAAUGUUUGUACAAAA